UUUCCAGUCAUUCUUACUCAUUCUCUCAACUACUAAUCCAGUCUGUAGUGGCCACAACGCUCUCCCAGUGAAUAACAAGUUUAGCAUAACGCUCUCUCAGUGAGUAAAAGGUCCAGCAUAACGCUUUCCCAGUGAAUACCAAGUUCAGCAUAUCGCUCUCCUUCUCUCAGCGACCUACGUAUUCCAGUCAGUCCACUCAGCGAACGUUUGAAAAAGAUUUCACGGAACGGACAAUUCACUCAACAUGUCCAGUCAAGUUGUGUUCGACGCGUUCGUUCGGGAGGUGCAGCGAAGAGAUUUCACACUGGAAAGUCUGCAGGCUGCUGUGCCUCCUGAGCAGUCGCAAUUGUCCUCCACAUCACGUAAAGUGACAUGGGAAUCAUGGCCAUACACAUGCUGCUACUCAAUGGGAACAAUGCUCAUUCUUGUGAUCUGCUACAAGGGUCAGCAUCUUAGUGAUGACAUCCUCUCCACUAUUGUACACUACAUAUUAAGUGUACAUAGUGUAGAGGUGGAUGAGCAAGACGAAACUGAUAACAACUGGACACUACUGCACCACUGUGCAUUCCUUGGAAAUGAUCGACUAGCAAAUAUUCUCAUCGGACGAGGGGCUGAUGUCAAUGUGCAGACCAGCAGCGUGGGAUGGACUCCACUUCACUGGGCAGUCCACUGGAACAAGAUCAAUGUUGUCAAGGUGAUGCUGUCACAUGACAGUGACGGUAUCACCUCCUUGGAUACCACACUGCGUGACGAUGAUGGGAAAACAGCGUUGGACGUAGCCAAGCAAAAGAAGCAUGUGGGAUGUGUGCAGUUGCUGCUGGAGCACGAGAGUGCGAAGAACGAAAUGAAGAAAGAGGAACUUCGAACUGCUGCUGUCGCUGAGGACAUCAUUGGUGGUAAGGACGAGGCCAGCGUGGUACGCGUGCGUAUGUACCUUGUCGGCAAGUACGCCACGGGAAAGUCCAGCUUUGUCCGGGCACUGCUCGGUGAAGAGUUCAUUGAAAACGCGGACAGCACCGACUCCAUUUCCAUCCAUCGAUCCAGACUCAGAAUGCAUCUCUCCUCUCAGACCGCCACAGGCACGCAAGAGGCAGCACAAGUUCUUGUGGAUGACAGUCAACAUAGUUUCUUUGUCAAUCUACUCACAGCUCGCAUCCGAUCAUCUGUAGAUCUGGUCCAGAAAAUCAAGAAACGUCCGCAAGAAUCAAUCUUGUCCAAAGCCAAGACACUGUUCACUUCACGACUCACUUCGUCAUCGACUGCCUCCGCUACCGGCACCAGAGCAUCUGCUGCAUCCGCUGUCAACAAUGAGUUUGCCAAUGUUCCCCAUGCUAAUGACCUGACCAAAGUGGCACCAGAUGUUAUCUCUCAAGUUCGCUCAUCUGUCAGCAAUGUCGAUAACAGUUCAAAUGAAGCGGAAGCAGCAUAUGCGUUUGUUGAGCUGUGGGACAUGGGUGGACAGAUGCCAAUGUUGGUACAACAAAGCAUCUCGUUUUCAAUUUGUGACAGCGUGUACAUUGUGACUCUUGACAUGAGGUGUGACCUGGAUGAGGAGGUAACGGAAGACGUCUACCGCUUCGAUGGUCAGGAGAUUGUAACUUCUACACCGUUGCCAGGAAUGACGCAGGCUGACUACCUUCACAUGUGUCUGUCACUGAUUGCUUUGCAGCAUAGAGCAGACACACACCCUGACCAGCAUCACCACCAGCAGCAGCAACAGCAGCAACAGCAGCAGCCGCAACAGCCGCAGCAGCAACAGCAGCAGCACCAACAUCAGCAGCAUCAGCAUCAGUCAGACACAGAGCCGGGUAAGACCAGUAGCAGCAAUAGCAGCCACCAUCAUGAUGAGAGUAGCACAGCCAUCAUGGUUGUUGUUACACAUGUGGAUCUUGUCGAUGACGACCAAAUAGAGAAGAAGAAGAACAUGUUCUUCAAUGCCGUAUCCAAGCUGGCUGAAAGGGCCGGACCCAACGUCAAGGUCUGUGGACCCUUCUUUGUUGACAAUCACCGUCUUCAAGAUCGCGUAUCUCGCCACAGCCAGCUUGCUGAAGCACAGCAAGAGCUCUCUAGAAUUGUGUCUGCCUUUCCUGUCCAAGGAAUUCCCUUGAUGCAGGUGAAGAUAGAAGAAGCUAUUUCUCUUCACCAAAAGGAAAUGCUUCGCUAUGCAAAGGCUGGGUGCAGUGAUGAUGCAAUGCAAGCUACCAGUAGUGAUCAGCAGCAGCAGCAGCAUCGGCAGCAGCAGAGUUUUGUUAGUAUGGACUACCCACAGUUUGUAGACUUUUGUCGGCAUGUUAGCGGCAAAGAUCUCACCACUGCACAAGUGUCUGAUCUACUGCACCACCUUCAGCAACAUGGCACAGUGUUUUGCUGUGACUGCCCGCAUCCACUCACUUCAAGUGUCAUUUUCCUGGAACCCCAGCAGCUAUUGCUCUACUUUGUACGCUUGAUGACCUUCCCUCUGAAGGAGACAGCUUUUCUAAGCACCUCAGCAACAUUAGUCAGAGAUGUGCAACACUUUCGAUGUACGGGAAUUGCCAGCGCUAGGUUGAUAGAGAAUGUUUGGUAUCCUCUCAGCCGUGUUGUCCAGCUAGCUCUCUGCAAAUCCAUGUGUUACUUCAACCUAGCAGCAGAACUUCAGCCCGCCAGCAAUGCAGCCACCAGCAGUACAGCCACCAGCAGUACAGCCACCAGCAGUGCAGCCACCAGCAGUACAGCCUCCAGCAGUGCAGCCAUCAGCAGUGUAGCCACCAGCAGUACAGCCACCAGCAGGACAGCCACCAGCAGUAGAGUCAAGAGCAGGACAGCCACCAGCAGUACAGCCACCAGCAGUACAGCCACCAGCACUGGAGGGUGUGGCAGUAGAGUCGGCGGUAGCAGCAACAGCAGCAGCAGACAAGACAGAUGUCCGGUUGUCACGCCAGGCCUACCCGACCUCUUCAUCCCGUUCUGUUGCAACCAGGAAGCAUUACGGUUGGUUUUGGAGGAUGAUGUUCCCUUUAAGCUACCGUUUAACCACCUCAGUUUCCCUGGGAUGCUGUUUCCUCCACCACUGUUCGGUCGCUUAGUCACCUACAUAAUUCAUCGUAUGAAGAAAGAGUCAGCCAGUCUUCAGUUCACAUCCAGUGCGGCAUCACUGAAUUUGGAGGUUGGUUGUAGUCAAGUAUGCCUCUGCUGGACACCGACAGGUGUUCGCUUAGAAUGCGCUGCUGAUACACCAUCCAUACUUGCUGAUGUGGCUUGGGAUAUGAAGAGUGCAAUUGUUGACUUCACACAAGUUCUCAGCCGCCAAGGGUACCAGCAGUUCACAGUUGUUGGUGAAUCAUUUGUCUGCACUUCCGCAUCAUGCCAGGAUCGCCUGAAGGAAUGCAGCAGUCCUGCAGAGGUGCUGGUACACUCGUCAUGGGUGUUGCUGACCAGCUUGCACAAGAAGCAUUUCUUGACGGCAUACGAGUCGGAUGGGAACACCGCCCUGACCUUCAAGGCUACGUGUGCUACCUGCAAGGAGAAGGUCAUUAUCCCGAGGUCCUUCUGGCCCUGGCUGCGUAAGGAUGUGCCAUUUGUCAGAGCUGAGCAGCCACUAGCAGCAGCAGCAGCAGUGCCACCAGCAGCAGUGCCACUAGCAGCAGCAGUGCCACCACCAGCACCAAUGCCACCACCAGCACCAAUGCCACCACCAGCAGCAGUGCCACUAGCAGCAGCAGUGCCACCAGAAUCAGUGCCACCAACAGCAGCAGCAGUGCCAUCAGCAGCAGCAGCAGUACCACGAGCAGCAGCAGUUCCACCACCAGGAGCAGCGCCUCCAGCACCAGUGCCACCAGCAGCAGCAGCAGUGGCACCAGCAGCAGCAGUGGCACCAGCAGCAGCAGUUCCACCACCAGCAGCAGUGCCACUAGCACCAGUGCCACCAGCAGCAGCAGCAGCAGUGCCACAAGCAGCAGCAGUUCCACCACUAGCAGCAGCAGCAGUGCCACCAGCAGCAGCACCACUAGCAGCAGCAGUGCUACCAGCAGCAUUGCCACUAGCAGCAGUGCCACUAGCAGCAGCAGUGCCACCACCAGCAGCAGCAGUGCCACCACCAGCAGCAGUCCCACCAACAGCAGCAGUGCCACCACCAGCAGCAGCAGCAGUUCCACCACCACCAGCAGUUCCACCACCAGCAGCAGUGCCACCAGCAGCAGCAGUGCCCCCAGCAGCAGCAGUGCCACCAGCAGCAGCACUGCCACCAGCAGCAGCAGCAGUGCCACCAGCAGCAGCAGCAGUGCCACCAGCAGCAGCAGUUCCACCAGCAGCAGCAACAGUGCCACCAGCAACAGUCCCACCAGCAGCAGCAGUGCCACCAGCAGGACAAUCAGCAGCAGCAGCUGCAUUACCUCUGCCAUCACCAUCAUCAUCAUCAUCACCAGCAGCAGCGGCAGCAGCGGCAGCAGCGGCAGCAGCGGCAGCAGCAGCGGCAGCAGCAGCAUUAGUACCCGCAGAGGCAGUUUCAUGCCAACGGUCAACAUCACCGGAGAAGCUUGUAGCAGAAGAUGGUUUAGCAAAGGUACUCCAACCAGAGCUGAACACUAACCAACCAUAUGAGGACGAAAAUUCGUACGGCGACCCGUUCAAACAAAGUUCCUUUCUAACCCAUAUCUCACCUUGGCUGGGCACAUUACCAGCAGGAACAUUUCGUAAAAUGGCGCAAGGGGCCGGGUUCUUUGCCGAUCUGGAGCAGAUAGACGACUUGAAGAGGAUUGAGAGACGAGAUGGACCACGCGCUCACAACGAAGAGUUGGUUAACAUUGUAAGCAGCGAGGAACAGGCUGGCUACAUCAAGCUGGUGAAGAUCAUCAAACGCUGGGGUAAAUAUCCCGACAAGGUCGACAAGAUGAACCAGCUUCUGCCACGACGGGCCCGUGUGUAAACGAUUGAGGUUUCAAGCACUUCACGCAGCAAGUGCUGGUACUGUUCUCUCUCUCUCUCUCUCUCUCUCUCUCUCUCUCUCUCUCUCUCUCUCUAUCUAUCUAUCUAUCUAUCUCUAUCUCUCUCUCUCUCUCUCUCUCUCUCUCUCUCUCUCUCUCUCUCUCUCUCUCUCUCUCCGUGGUGUGUUCUCUAUAUUACUGACUGGCUAUGCUAUUCAUCAAAUCCAUUCUUCCUUAGUCAUUUUUACCAAAUUGUAGCAGCAUUAUGUUAUGCUUGAUCGCUACCCCACUAAAUAUUUCCUUCCUCUAUAUAAAUGUACUCCCCCCUCCCCACCCCUUGUCCCUACUCCUCCCAAGUUUUUGGUGCACUGAAGUGUCGCUUAAGCCGAGACCUCAGGUCGGCAGAGAUGCUCCAGUUUCACCACCACAGUUGCGUCUGCAACCACCUCUAUCAUGCAGUAUUCUGUUCUCGAGGUUCGUGGUUUCCCGUAAAAAAAUGAAAUAUUCUAGUAGGUUAGGCAGUAAAGACAGCUAAUUGUAGAGGACCACACCAGGGUACUUUGCCCGUUGCAGAAUUACUACUUAUAGUCAUGCAGAUACUUGAAACUUUUCUUUUUAAUUUUAUGAAUGCAUAUAUUGGAAUAUUUUCAUUAUGCCGAGGUAUACCGUUAGACUAUUUUAGUGAUAUAAAAUAUUUUUGAUCAAGUUCCUUCUUUUCGAAAUUCCAGUCACUUAUACAAUGUCAUGUACAUACACAAUUAUUACAAAACGGAAUUUUAAGUUUGCGCUAUCAGAAUUUCAUUUUCACUUCAAUACUGUAAGAGUGCCAUGAUUUCAGUACCAUUGGUGGUGGGUCACAUGUUGUACAAACUCUAAAACAAACAUUUUCUUCUCAUCAGAACUUGGAUCU